AUGUAUCGCAUUUUUCUUCUCGUUCUAUUCUGUUCUCUUCAUUAUUCUCGACAAGCCAAUAUUAAAUGUUUACCAGGACAAUUUCCGAACCAAUAUGAUGAAUGUCAAAAAUGUCCAAAAAUUCACUAUUGUCCAGAUGGAUCACGUGCGUUAGAGUGUGAACCCGGUACGUAUAAUAAUUUGUAUGGUCAACAGGCCUGUCGCAAAUGUCGCCCUGGUGACUAUCAAAUUUAUUCUGCUUCAUCCGCCUGUGAUCGUGCCUAUCGCGGCUUCUACUCGGCAAAUGCCUCAAGUGAACCUGUUCCUUGCUCACCCGGUACUUAUACACAUUUGCCAGGGCAAGUUGCCUGUCUCCCGUGUCCUCAUGGUUACUAUCAAAUCCACGAUGGGCAGAGUGGAUGUGAUCGUUGCCCUCGUGGCCAUACUUGUGAAAGUGCAUCAGCUAAACCGAAGGAAUGUCCACCAGGUAUGCACAACCCACUCUUCAAUCAAGUAAAAUGUCGUCCUUGUAAACGAGGCUAUUACAAUUUGGAUAGUGGAUCGUCAGCGUGUCUAAGAUGCCCAAAAGGUCAUCGAUGUCCCAAUACAACAGAGGCACCCAUACCAUGUUCUCUAGGUUACUACAACAAUUUAUACCAACAGACUGAAUGUAGACCAUGUAAGAAAGGAUGGACUACAGUGAAUGAAGGUGAACAUAAAUGCAUGGAUGAAACACUAUUACUCGGAUCAUUAAUCGGAUGA